UGAUUAAUGAUUAUUUAAUAUUUUACUAGCAACAAUUCACAAAGUUUUAUUUGUUGGUUUUCAGAGUAAAAUAAGUUGUAUUUUAUCGUACAAACUUAUAAAACAAACUUAUUUUAUUUAAAAAAAGUUUGAAAAAUAUUACUAAUACUAUAAUAUCACCAUAUUAAUUUCUUACAACUAAAAGUUAUUAUCACAAUAUUAAUUAACCAAAUGAAGACCCCUAUCAAAGUGCUGAUCACCGGAGCCACGGGUAGCAUAGCCUACAGUCUACUACCGAUGGUGGCCAGCGGUCAGGUGUUUGGUAGUAAACAACCCCUAAUUAUACACCUAUUGGCGCGACGGGUGUUGCCGUUAAAGGGAGUGGUGAUGGAGUUGGAGGACUGCGCCUACCCUCUGGUCCGGCGGAUUGUGGCCACAGAUAACGAGUCCGUGGCCUUCAAAGACGUGGACUCGGUCUUCAUGUUGGCCUCAAUGCCCCGACACGAAGGUAUGCAACGCAAGGACCUCUUGGAGGCCAACGUUAAGAUCUGCGCCGCCCACGGCCGAGCGCUGGCCAAAUACGCCUCACCCAACGUACGGGUGCUAGUGGUGACCAACCCGUGCAACACCUGUGCCCUUAUCACAGCCCAAUACGCCUCCCCAGGUAUACCCGCCCGCAAUAUAACCGCACUGACCCGACUGGACCACAAUCGACUGGUGCACCAGUUGGCCGCCAGACACAGCGUGGACGACCCUGGUCACAUCUCACACGUGAGCGUCUGGGGUAACCACUCGAGCACACAGUUUCCCGACUCGAGCAGCGCCUGUAUCGACGGCGAGUCCCUGCCGUUCAAAGGCCACGACACGGCUUUCAUGAACACUGUGGCCAAUCGGGGCUUUGCGGUAAUCGCCGCGCGUAACAACACUUCGGCCCUAUCGGCCGCCAAAGGGGCCGCCGAUCACAUGCGCGACUGGUGGACAGGUAUGUGCACUACCGAUUGGGUGUCGAUGGGUGUACUGUCCGAUGGCAACCCGUACGGCGCGCCCGACGGCCUGGUCUACAGUUUUCCCGUCACUAUCGAUAGGGAAACCCGAGACUGGAAAAUAGUGGACUCUAUACGGCCCGAUAUUAAGGCACUUCAACUGCUGGACACUACCGGACACGAGUUGGUCAACGAAAAGGCGGAAGCCCUGACCCUAUUGGAAAUUUAG